AUGCACCGAGGCCGGCGUAAGGCUGAGCCUGUGCCCGGUCCGACGGACUCCGGUCCGGAUCAACAGGCCAGGAAACAGAAACAGAACCGGCUGAGCAGAAGUUACAGACUGACCCAGCAGAUAGAAGAGGACACAGACUCUCCUCAGACACACAAACAUGAGUUUAAGAGUCCGACCCGGAUCCCGAGGUCCAGACUGUCUGCUGGUUUCAGCUCAGAGUCUCCGCACAACGACUCCGACAUCCAGCAGGACAUAAUCUGGGACGCAACGUCUCCGUCGCCACGGAGACCCGGUAAAAGAGGAAAGAAACAUCCGGCUGGAGUCGUCGACAUCUCUGAGAUCGUCAGCAGGAUCGCUCCGAAGCACGGCAGGCCGAAGGUGGUGGAGCCGACUCUGCAGCAGUGGAUCGGAGACAGCGCUUCCAUCCCCUGCACACCUGAUGUCCAAGUCCCCAAACCCAAGAAGAAAUCACCACGGCCGAACGGCGUUGACGACCUGCUGAAGUUAGCCAAACAGUUCGACUUCAACAUGUUUCGCCGAGACGAGGAAGAAAUCGAGAGUCUCCAUCAGCAGAGUCUGGAGCUGCUGUCGGAGGACAUCUUGGAUUACGAGAACAACGACAACGUUUCUCCUUCGUCGCCUAGCAACCAACAACCAGCAGCGGCACCGGCGGCUGAGACGGACCCGGACCCGGACCAACACAUGGAGGACGAUCUGGACUUCCUGUUUGACGGACCGACUCAACACGUGAGCGGAGAUUUCAGUCAGUUUUCGUCGGCUCUUCCUUCACAAGUAAAACCUGCUCCUGCUCCCGCCGAGGCUUCUGGGAAACCGCCGCCACAUGUUCCCGCCGCCGCCCGCACGCAGGCGCCCAGCGAUGAGUUCGAGGACGACUGGGACAACGACGACGACUUCCUGAACGACUCUUUAGUCUUCGAGAUGACGCAGAAUCCGCAGAAGUUCGUGCCGCCGAAACACUGCUCGACCCAGAAACCUCAGAGUCCUCGACCGUGUCUUCCUGCAGGCGGAGGCGAGCGGCUCGGCCAAUCGGCUGCCUGGAAAGCGGAGAAAGAAAACGUGAGAACGACUUUUAAACUAGAACCGAAUCCUCUCGUCUCCGUGGAGAGGAACGCCACGAACACGAACUCAAAGCCUGUCUCCAAACCAGCAGAUCAGAACUCUAGUCGGAGCCGGUUUCCUUCAGUCCAGACAGGAAGUACUCAGCAGACAUCUUUAAAUCCACGUUUCCAUCAGAGUGUUUCCACGGCGACUGUAAACUUCAGCUCGUCAAAUCCAGCAGCGACAAGAACGACUCAGAACUUUACGAACAAUCCUCCGCCUCCUCCCGCCGCGUCCGACGCCGACUUCCUCGACAUGGACGACCUGGACUCGUUCUUCUCGUCCGAUCCGAUCUGGGACGAUCCGGCCGACGACGACCUGCUGUGUGAAAUGUGCGAUGACCUGGAGAACCAGAUCCAGAGAACGGAGAACCAGAGAACAGAGAACCAGAGCCAGAGAACGGAGAACCAGAUCCAGAGAACAGAGAACCAGAGAACACAGAACCAGAUCCAGAGAACAGAGAACCAGAGAACACAGAACCAGAUCCAGAGAGUGGAGAACCAGAGAACACAGAACCAGAUCCAGAUCCAGAGAGUGGAGAACCCGAGAACACAGAACCCGAUCCAGGGAACAGAGAACCAGAUCCAGAGAACAGCGAACCAGAGCCAGAGAACACAGAACCAGAUCCAGAUCCAGAGAGUGGAGAACCAGAGAACACAGAACCAGAUCCAGAGAGCGGAGAACCAGAACCAGAGAACACAGAACCCGAUCCAGAGAACAGAGAACCAGAUCCAGAGAACAGUGAACGUUCCCACCAAACAGACUCAGCAUAGAACGGCUCUGCAACCGUCCAAUCAGCAGCAUCCAGCAGCAGCCGGGAGGGGCGGGGCUUAUGUGCAGCCUCUCACCUGUGGGGGGGGUCCAGGUAGAUCAGCAGGGAGCAGCAUGAACCAAUCAGCUGCUGCCGCUACACAGCUGCCGCCGCCGCCGGCAACCAACAGCAAACAUCAGUUCACCUUCAAGAAGCCAAACAAGCCGGUUACCGUGGCGACGAACACAGCUUUCGGUAAAUGUUCGGCAGCAGAGAUCGAGCUGAAGAAGCAGCAGGCGAUGGAGAAACGACGGCAGCGAAUGCAAGCGGCCCAGAACCUCCGAGGUCCGACCUGAACUCACCUG